AAACACCACUUCAGGGAACUCUCUCCGGAAGCCCAGUAUAUUCUAGGAAGGGAUUCUGAAGCGUUUACAACAUAUUGGUUAGAUAGAUUCCCGUUAUUAUUAGCGCAUACUUGGAUCAAGAUGCACUGUGUUGCUAAUGAAGAUAAUUUCAGAAAGUACUACAACAAUUCCUACAGAUAUUCAGAAAAACAUUUCAAAGAAUUUAUUUCCUUACAAGAUCCUUUUUUGGUUAAUACCGAAAACUCUCCAGAAUCUACUAAUAAAAAAAAUGUUACGUUUGAUCCAAAAAAUCUGAUUAAGUCUGGAGGUUUGUACAGAAAUCAUGACUCUCCAGAAAAAAGUAGGAUUACUCGUAACCCUCGGGCAAAAAAGAAAAUUAAAAAGAAGGAAGAGCCUUUGGUUUGGGUUCUGGAGAAUAAACCAGAAAUUUGA